AUGGAGAGGAUAUUUCAUCGGGUGGUUUGUCAGGGGUUCAGUCGAGACAGCUACCUCAUCGUUGCCUCGUCAGUUGCAACCACCCUCGCAGUCGUCGCCCUCGCAAAAACCAUCCAACCCACACCCAAAAAGAUCAUUGCCAGCCCGAGGACUACUGUUCUCCCCAGAGUCUCUCAAGAAGAACAAGGCGAACUGCCUUAUCCCCCUGACAUCUUCCCUGGCGCCAGGGACGUAAAUAGUCCGUAUGGAUCGAUCAGAGUAUAUGAAUGGGGUCCAUUGACCGGAAGAAGGGUGCUCCUCCUCCAUGGCAUCAGCACGCCUUGUAUCUCACUCGGCGGGAUUGCCAACACACUUGUCUCCAAAGGCUGCAGAGUGAUGCUCGUCGACCUCUGGGGAAGAGGAUACAGCGAUAGUCCCGACCUGCCGCACGAUUCUCGAUUGUACACCACGGAAAUCUUACUCGCCAUCACCUCAUCCUCCGUAGCAUGGACACCGGAGGGGUUCAGCGUGGUAGGCUACUCACUAGGCGGAGGCAUCGCCGCUGAUUUCGCCGCGCAUUUCCCUGCACUGGUGAAGGGGCUUGUAUUGCUUGCUCCAGCGGGGUUAAUGCGCCCAGAGCAUUUCGGGUGGAGCAGUAAACUUCUCUCCUCUGGACUCGUCCCAGAUCCCGUGCUGGAAUGGAUUAUCAGACGGAGGUUGACGGGCGGUCCUCCCAACACUACCACGGCGCAGAAAUUGAUGAAGAGCAAAAGCAAAGCUACCCCUGAAGCUGUCAUUGCUGCGGAGGAGAUUAAGGAUGCUGAUACCUCAAACUUUAAUAGUGUGCCGCUGAGCAAGAAUCGACCGAAUGUUACGGUUGCUAGUGCGGUGAAGUGGCAGAUUGCCAACAAUGAGGGGUUUAUUAGGAGUUUUGUUAGCUCCAUUAAGUUUGCUAGUAUUUCGGGGAAGGCGGAGGUGUGGAAGUCGUUGAGGCAGUUGGAGGAGAAGGUUUUGAUUAUUGCGGGCAAGACGGAUCCUAUUAUUGUGCCUGAAGAGUUGCAUGAUGAUGCAAUUGAAGCUAUUGGAGCGGAGAAUGUCGAAUGGAGGGUCAUUCACGGUGGUCAUGAAUUCCCUAUUACGGUUCCUGAGUUGGUUGUGAAUGAGAUUAGUGAGGUUUGGGGGUUAUAG